GGCGCCCGGCCCGGUGCUCGUUGCUAGGGGCGGCGGAUGGCGGCGGCGGCGGCUCCCCCAUGGAGACGGGGCUGAGCGGGGAUCCUGCAGCCGGCGGCCGGGACGCGGGGACUCCCCCGAGGAGCCUUCGAUGGGGGGAGGCCCAGUCCUCGGGAAAAAGGGAGAGAGAGAGGCUCAUACUGAAGCCAAACAGCUGCGCUUCUGAGUGGGAAACUCUGGACUGAUCUCAUGGCUGGCUUUUUAUUUCGUUAAUACUUCAUUAUCUCUGAAAAUGAACCUUUUUUGAAGCUCUUCUCCUGACUCUCCUUACUCCUCUUUCACGAGGUGGCUGCUGUGCGAGGGAAGAAAUGGCAUGAAGUAAAUGACUCCCAUAUAAAGCGAUCUGCUUUGCCAAAGUGCCCAGUGAGCAGCACUGUCACUUUAAUAAUUCCAGGUCAAGGGAUUGCUUUCCUCGUUUCCAAUCCUCUCUUUUAAUACAUGGGAGGAUCAGAGGGACAUUAAAGACCGUAAGGCUGGGUGGCUUGCAGAUAAUAAAAAUGAAAGUGACUGGCCAGUGACUUCUGUUGGGUAAGAGUGUGAUAUUUGAAGGCUGUUGUCUGGUGAGGAAAAAAGGGACCUUUUCAGUCUGCCGUGUAGUCACCUAAUACAUAGCUAGCAAAAUUCAUUCAAGAAGUGAAAGAAGUUUAAAGAGUCACUUUGGAUUGUUUUUGUCUUCCUCCUUAUUUGGAUUAUUUGGGAGUUUUUGUCCUGCCAGUAAUAUAUUUUUGAGCAUGUACAGGUGGAGUAUUAUGACAGCUGCCUAGAGACGGACUGUGCCUUAAUUGUAUUACAUAAAAUCUUUUAAUUUUCAAACUUUGCUGCCAGAAGAGGAGUUAUAAUAAGGUUUUAUAUUGCCGAGGAACAUUUUAUCUUGUAUUUUUAUAGAUUCAAACAUAUUUUAAAGAAACUGAAAACAUCUCUUAAAAAAAUCAAAAAGCUUCUUUUUUCCUUUUUUUUUUUUCUUAUUUCUGGGAAGCAUCGGAAGUCCAAUACAAGAAAACAGCAAGUAUUGAUAGACAUGAAGAUUGAAGCUGCAUUUCCUAACUAACUGAACUGUAAAAGUGUUUUGCAAUAGAUAGCCAGUUCCUGACCUUACAAGGUGUUCCCGUAGUUCAUCGUUAAUACCUGUUAAAAAGUGCUUGCAACCAGAUUCAGAAGUAGGAAGAAGAAUGCCAGUCAAGAAGAAAGAUACUGACCGAGCUUUAGUGCUGCUGGAAGAAUAUUGUAAAAAACUAAAGAAGCCAGAAGAGCAACAACUGAAAAAAGCCAUCAGAAAGGUGAUGGGAAUCUUUAAGAGCAGCUUGUUUGAGGCACUUCUAGAUAUUCAAGAGUUUUAUGAAGUGACACUGCUAAAUUCCCAGAAAAGCUAUGAGCAAAAAAUAGAAGAAGCAAAUCAAGUUGCAGAGAAAUGGGAGAAGACAACAUCUGCUACAGACCAUGAAAAUCUGCCGAAAAACCAAGAGUCUGCAGCUUCCAAUGGAUCAGAAGGAUCUGGACAAUGUGGUGAACACAAUAAGGAGAACCAGACUUGUGAAAGUUAUGUGGUAGACAUGAAGACAAAGAGAGGGAAGACUUUAAGAGCUGACAGCGAGCUUUCUAACACAAUGAUUCAUGUAAGACACCUGAAAGGCAAGCUCUGCACCAGCAUCCCUGCAAGAAAGAAAGGCCAAGAGGAAGAAAAUCCCACAGGUAGAGGCCUUCAGCUGGGACCUUUUCCUGAAAUGGAAUGGACUAAUGCACAGAAAUAUCGUUAUCAAGAUGAGGACGCUCCACAUGAUCAUACUUUGCCUCGAUUAACCCACGAAGUGAGAGGCCCAGAGCUUGUUCAUGUGUCAGAGAAGAACUUGUCUCAAAUAGAGAAUGUCCAUGGAUACGUCUUACAGUCGCACAUUUCUCCUUUGAAGGCAAGCCCUGCCCCUAUAAUUGUCAACACAGACACCUUGGACACAAUCCCUUAUGUCAAUGGAACAGAAAUCGAAUAUGAAUUUGAAGAAAUUACUUUGGAGAGGGGGAAUUCCGGCCUGGGGUUCAGUAUUGCUGGAGGAACAGAUAACCCACACAUUGGGGAUGAUCCUGGGAUAUUCAUUACUAAGAUUAUACCAGGAGGAGCUGCAGCAGAGGAUGGAAGACUCAGGGUCAAUGAUUGCAUCUUGCGAGUGAAUGAGGUCGACGUGUCAGAAGUCUCACACAGCAAAGCCGUGGAGGCCCUGAAAGAGGCUGGGUCCAUAGUGCGGUUGUAUGUUCGUCGAAGGAGACCUAUUCUGGAGACCGUGGUAGAGAUCAAGUUGUUCAAAGGACCUAAAGGUCUGGGUUUCAGUAUUGCAGGAGGGGUGGGAAACCAACACAUCCCUGGGGACAACAGCAUCUAUGUCACCAAGAUCAUUGAUGGAGGAGCUGCGCAAAAAGAUGGGAGGUUGCAGGUUGGAGAUAGACUUCUGAUGGUAAAUAAUUACAGUUUAGAAGAAGUUACCCAUGAAGAGGCAGUAGCGAUACUGAAGAACACAUCAGAUGUAGUCUAUCUGAAAGUUGGAAAGCCCACCACCAUUUACAUGACCGAUCCUUAUGGCCCACCAGAUAUUACUCACUCUUAUUCUCCACCGAUGGAAAAUCAUAUACUCUCUUCUGGAAACAAUGGCACUUUAGAGUACAAGGCAUCCCUGGCCCCCAUCUCACCAGGAAGAUACUCACCCAUUCCAAAGCACAUGCUUGUGGAGGACGACUACACCAGGCCUCCUGAACCUGUUUACAGCACUGUGAACAAACUGUGUGAUAAACCACCUUCUCCUAGGCACUAUUCCCCUGUCGAGUGUGACAAAAGCUUCCUUCUUACAGCUCCCUAUCCCCACUACCACGUAGGCCUGCUCCCUGACUCUGAGAUCACCAGUCAUUCCCAGCACAGCACUGCAACGCGUCCACCCACAGUGAGCUUGCAGCGGACCAUUUCUGUGGAAGGAGAACCUCGAAAAAUCAUCCUGCACAAGGGCUCCACAGGACUUGGUUUUAACAUUGUGGGAGGAGAAGAUGGGGAAGGCAUUUUCGUGUCUUUCAUCCUCGCAGGCGGCCCUGCCGAUCUCAGCGGAGAACUGCAGCGAGGAGACCAGAUUUUGUCUGUGAACGGUAUUGAUCUUCGAGGUGCUACCCACGAGCAGGCUGCAGCUGCGCUAAAAGGAGCAGGGCAGACGGUAACAAUCAUAGCACAAUACCAGCCGGAGGAGUACGCUCGGUUUGAGGCAAAAAUCCAUGACCUGCGCGAGCAGAUGAUGAAUCACAGCAUGAGUUCUGGGUCCGGCUCCCUGAGGACUAAUCAGAAGAGGUCACUGUAUGUCAGAGCCAUGUUUGACUAUGACAAGAGCAAAGACAGUGGCCUCCCAAGCCAAGGACUCAGUUUUAAGUACGGAGACAUCCUUCACGUCAUCAACGCCUCGGACGACGAAUGGUGGCAGGCGAGGAGGGUCACUCUGGAGGGAGACAGUGAGGAGAUGGGAGUUAUACCCAGCAAGAGGAGAGUUGAAAGGAAGGAGCGUGCACGUUUGAAGACGGUGAAGUUCAACGCAAAACCUGGUGUAAUUGAUGCAAAAGGGUCAUUCAAUGACAAGCGUAAAAAGAACUUCAUCUUUUCACGAAAAUUCCCAUUCUACAAGAGCAAGGAGCAGAGUGAGCAGGAAACAAGUGAUCCAGAACAACAUGUUUCUUCUAAUGCCAGCGAUAGUGAAAGUAGCUACAGAGGCCAAGAAGACUGCAUCCUUUCUUAUGAACCUGUCACCAGACAGGAAAUUAAUUACACCAGGCCGGUUAUUAUUCUGGGUCCCAUGAAAGAUCGGAUCAACGAUGAUUUGAUAUCUGAAUUCCCUGAUAAGUUUGGGUCGUGUGUACCACAUACCACACGGCCAAAGCGUGACUAUGAAGUGGAUGGGAGAGAUUAUCAUUUUGUCAUUUCAAGGGAACAAAUGGAAAAAGAUAUCCAAGAGCACAAAUUUAUAGAAGCUGGGCAGUACAAUGAUAAUUUAUAUGGAACUAGUGUCCAGUCUGUGAGAUUCGUGGCAGAAAGGGGCAAGCACUGUAUACUCGAUGUGUCAGGAAAUGCUAUCAAACGACUACAAGUUGCACAACUCUAUCCCAUCGCUAUCUUCAUUAAGCCUAAAUCGUGGGAGCCUCUGAUGGAAAUGAACAAACGUCUUACAGAGGAGCAAGCGAAGAAAACCUAUGAUCGAGCAAUUAAAUUAGAACAAGAAUUUGGAGAAUAUUUUACAGCUAUUGUCCAAGGAGAUAGCUUAGAAGAUAUAUAUAAUCAAUGCAAACUUGUAAUUGAAGAACAAUCUGGGCCUUUCAUCUGGAUUCCUUCAAAGGAAAAAUUAUAAAUUAGCCACUGCACCUCUGAUUACGACGGGAGAAUAUUUAGAAGAAAACUAUAAUAUACUAUUUGGAGGCUUUCCUGUUUUUGUUGCAUUUAUGUUCUUUGCAGUCAAUGUGAAUUUUGAUGAAUGUACAACACAAAGUGUUUGAAGCCAUGAAGGACACUGAUGGGUCAAAGGGUAGGAACAAAAAGACUUCUACCAUAUAAAGCAAAUCUGUUGUGUGCUCAGAGCACCAGUUGUAGGUAUAAACUUUUGACAUGGAGACCCUCUGUCAAGGGGAGCUAGCCACCUCCUGUGCCCACGCGGACAUUUUGGUAGAUUUCAAUGGCUGAGCUCAGUGUGUUGAUUGCUUUAAAGAGAAGUUCCCGGCUCUUGAACCUCAUAUAGGGCUUGAUCCUGCAAGGCGCUCAGCACUUGACCCCAGUUCCUACACGAGUAGCCCGUUGACUUGGAGUCACUUGUGGUCUUUCCCUACGCCGUUCAGUCCCAUCAGUUCCAGUAGGACUAUUCAUGUGCUCAAAGCUAAGCACAGGCUUAAGCGUUUUGCUAGAUCAGGGCCACACGCACCUUGCAAAAUCAAGCUCAGAGUACUUGGUCCACUUCCUACUGAAGUCACUGGUGAUGCUCUUUGACUUGACUAGGAGGUGGGUCCUAUUCUAAGCUUGUCAUUGCACAUUUGUAGUUGGUACACCUCGACUUUGGUAACUAUGCACAUCUUUUGAUUUCUGAAACCAAGUCAAGCAUUUCUUUUUUUCCCCCUUUGGAAACACUAUUGCAUCAGGAACUAAUAACAAUAUAGUUUAUUUUAAUGGAGUUUGGGGGUGGGAGAGGAUGGAAGCAUUUCACAUCACACACACACACACACACGUGGACACAAACGCAUUCCCAUGCAGACACACACAUGUAUGAGGAUUCACAGCACCUAUGUUGACAAGGAGGGAUACAACUGGGAAAAGCUUUAAAAUUUUUGAUUGUCUAUUUUAUCAUUUAUAUUGAUAGAAGGCACUUAAAGAUGGAAUAAUUUAUAAAAAUAAAAAUAUAUUGAUGUAUAGAAACUAAUUUCUAUAGGUAAAAAUGUUUUUGUGAGAUAUUUUGUAAAGAUUAAUUAAUUGAAAGAUUAAAUAUUUACACCCUUGUGCGACUGUAAAAUGUAAAGAGGACCAUCAAGUUGCAUUAUCCCUUUUCCAUAACAGAUUCUUUAUUAUUAACGACAAGCAAGACAAUUCCUUAAAUUGUAGUUGUCAUCUUGUUUUUCUCUCGAUUUUAUCCUCUCCCUUGCCUCUAUUUAAUCACGAUGAACUCCUGUGGAAAGAUCUCUUGAACUGACUGCCCUGUAGGACCCUUUCUGAACACAAAAGGAUAAUGCAUCUUUAAAUUGAGGUGGACGAUUUCUCAGAAGCAAAAUGUCAGUGCUUGAAUGCAGUUACUAAUUUCUCUCUUGGAGGGAGUCACACUUCACCCCCCAAAAUUUUAUGAUUCUUCCUGUUUCUUUAAAGGAAAUACCAAAAGCAUUUGAUCUUUCCUCUCUUUGCAGGCAGGCAGGUCACCAACUAACUUCUAUCUUCAAUUCAUUUCACAGUCAACAAGGGUCUUAAAAGCAAGAACUGAGGCAAUGGACAUUUGUGAGGGAUUUGGGGAAAGUCUGUGGAGUUGCAGUUUGGGGUGCAUGGAAGGGGAGCGGGGGGUAUUUUUUUCUCGUCUCACAUUGCCCUUCCUUUGUAUAUUGAUGCCAUUCUUCACUCUGACACGCGAGGGGACAGCUGCAAGAGAUAUUAUGAUGGUAAACUGAAUUGCCUUUGCUGCUGCUGGACCAAGUUUUCUAUAGAACCCACGCUCUCCUGCCUGCUGUGCCGCAGGAGUGCAGUGCGUGUUAGCUGGUGGCUACGGUAACCCUAAUGCUUAAGGACAUUUUAAGGGCAAACGCUAAAUAGACUCCUUGGUUACUCGUCUAUUUGAAGCUUACAUUUCUACACCCUGUCAAGCCGACAGGAAUAUCCAGCCAACCUCCGCGGACAAGCUCCGACGAGCUGGAUGUUUGCGAUACAGCCACCAGCAGUGACAGGGUUAAAAAUAGGGGCAUUUUAGUGGCCCUGAGGUGGCCUCUCACUUACUGCCCUGCUACCGUAACUUUGAGAAGUUCACACUUCUUUAUCUACUAUUUUUCUUGCCUGGCCAGCGCAGAUUUACAAACAAGGGUUUCAGUUAUGUCUCCAAAAGAGCUUUGUAACCAGAAGGGCUAGAAACAUUUUAUUUUAUUUUUACAAAACAUAAAUGAACAACGAAAGCUUAAAUUUUGGACAAUUCUGCAGAAAUCCACAGAGUGACCCCAGAUCUUUGGAAGCCAUGGAUUUUUCCAUGCUGGCAAAGUGCUAUUGCCCCAGGUUGGGAAAUAACCCACCAGACCUGAAAAAAACCAAGCAUCCUAAAGCAGGAACUUCAUUCUAGUUUUCAGCUCUGUUUUUAAGCAAUCAAUCACAUCUGCUUCUUUGUUUCUUAGUUCAGCAUGCAGCCUUUUACGGUACUAUCCUACUAGUAACUGUUUUGCUUUGUCAUGUGCUGUGCUUUAUGGUGAACAGUAACACUAUGGCUGAGUACAAUCAAUUUUUCCAUCAGUCCUUGGUUACUGUAGUAACAUUAUUUAUUUUUCCCUGUCUGUUGUUUGUGCUUCCAAUUUAGAGUUGCCAUUGCACUUCCUUCUUUUUUUUUUUUUUUUUUUUUUUUAAAUAAAACAUAUAUUUAAAAACAAUACACCAAGAGAAGCGGCGAGAGGUCUUAUUUCCCUUAGGGCUUGUACUGCCAUUUGUUUUGUGCGUUGAAGUUUUGCGUUUCAUGUUUUAGCAUCCUCAGAGCUGCGGUUCGUUUUUGCCUUGCAGCUGUUCAGAUCAUACUGGGUGGUAGUGGGAGGAGGAAGAGAAACACAAGAUUCAUGCAAAAUUACAUCUGGUGCACAAAAAAGAAAAAAAAAAAAACAAAAAAAAGGUCCAAACUCACAACCCACAGCAGUUGGCGCCUGAGACCAUGUUGGUGCUAACACAGCUUAGCGAAAUCAGAUUCCUUUUCUGUCCAUGGAAAAGACUUGCGAGCGUCUAAACAUGAGACAAAUGCAAACGCUGGACCCUUUAGGAAAAGUGCCGGAUCACACCCCUGGUGCUAUUUCUCAUGUUCUGGCACAGUGUGUAGCACCGUAGGGUCUAAGCAGAACCAAAAUUGUCACGGCUUUUUGUCCACCCAUGAAUGAUCAUCACGACGACAUCUUGCUAGCUUUGUGCAGAUGUGCAAUACUACAACCUAUUUAUUUCUCCUGGCCACAAAGCAUCUCCCAUGCACUGACUCAUUGAGAGCUUGCUAACAGGGCUCAGCGGAACGGCACUCUUCGCUGGUCUGACCGUCAACCAGUGAAAGAGCUUCUUUCUUGCUUAAUUCCCCCUUCCUACAGAGGUACCCUGUCCACGCUAGCGCUUUGUGAUUUCUUUGGUAGUAAAGGCUGUUUCUAGAUAAAUAUUCUGUGAUGUAAUUGUGUUUGUAGCUAGCAUGGUUUGACGCUCCGGUGUGGAUAGGGUCCUAGGAACCACCCUGUGAAAGUCAAGGAUAAGAAAUCUCUUCGUUGCACUGAAAUGUCAAAUCCUCAUCCUGGAGAGCAGUGUGGAACCUGAGCUAAUAACCACUACGAGCCAGCGACAGUGUCCUAGUUAUACAACGUCCAUCUACCUAUUUACAGUAGUUUUCUAUGGAGAAAUUGUUGGUGUUACGCCUUCACUGUUACUUGCCCAUCAGCACUCGGUCAAAUCGGUUCUUUUUUUCGGUUUUCUUAUAUUUUAACUUUUGUUUUUCAAAUUGUAUCCCUGACCAGAGGACUCAGUGAGUGACAACACAUGAGGAUGUUUGUAGGAAAAACAGUGUAGAUGAAAAAAGUCUCAAUCUUCUUUUUAAGCUGCAGAUUUGAAGCCAUAAUAUCUGCCGUGUUCACAGAAAGUGGUCUUUUAUCCUUCACAGCUUUUAAUCUCAGCAUUUUUUCUCUUGGACAUUUUGUCUGCCAUGUUAUGCAUGCGGUUCACUGUUCAACUGCAUUCAUGUGCUCAAGCUCAUGCCUUGGUGGAAUAAAUGUAUUUUCCUAUUCCAUUAAAAAUUAGACAUCUUGUCAAUUAGUUCAGAAGUAAGAAUGAGAUCACCAUUGUGUUAAAAAAAAAAAAAGAUUCCCAUUUUAGGGCACAAAUCAGCAUCAACGCUAACAGCGAAUAACAUCUGAAAUCCAUUCAGCAUAUAGCUAGCCUAGAUCCUCAGCCGGUGUAAAUCACUGUCACUCCAUUGAUUUCACAGAAUCACAGAAUGGUUUGGGUUGGAAGGGACCUUUAGAGAGCAUCGAGUCCAGCCCCCCUGCAGUGAGCAGGGACAUCAGUGGAGUCCAUCCCAUUUACACCGCCUGAAGUUGCCCUUUCGUUCUCCCCACUACACUGAUCUUUCAGCAUUACUGUAAAACACCAAGGCCACGUGAUUAAAGAGCAGCUCAGCACUUGCCAUCAUUAUUUACUGCUUGUAUUACUGUAGCACCCAGAGGGCCAAGUCAUGGAGCAAGAUUCUUUUGAGGUAGGUGCUGUGAAAUUGCUGAACAAAAAGACACCCCAUGGGCCAAAUGCUGUGGCCGGAUUUUCAGAAGGCUUCAGCCCCACCGACAUCUCGCCAAAAGCAAUAGGAACCACUACCCCCUUUGGCCCUUUUGAGACUCUGUCGUUAAGGUGAGCAGUGUGAGACGCAAUUUAUCAUCCCUCAUGCCGCGUUAGCAGCUUACGCCAUCUGGCCCUGACCUACAGCGCAGGUACCUCGCCCUGGUGUAAAACAGCAUUUCUGGGGAUGCAGCCAGCAUCCUAGGCAAGAUCUUUUUCAGGGGAAAAAAAGGCAAAAAGAAAAAAAAAAAAAGGCAAAAAAAAAAAAGGCAACACUGUUGGCUCUUAGUGGGAUAGCAACCUUUUAAUUUGUGUUCCUAAAUUUGAAUCGGCCAGUCCGAAUUUCCGAGUGCAGGCUCCAUCCGGCACGCUGGCCGGCGCGCGUCUCUUCAGCAGGAUGUUCCUCAGCCCAGCUGUAGUGUGGGGUACUCAGAAUCUGAACUGGAGUUUACAAAAUACCCUGUCCAGCUUACACUCCUGUUAUGUGUAAAUACUCUGCGCAUCCAUUCCAUUUGUGUAAAGAAUAAAGCACACACAAUUAUAAAAAUUAAGAUGUAUAUUUCAUA